AUGUCCGACACCGAUCAAGCCAAGAAAGUUGCUGUUCUCACCGUGUUCACCUCGGAGACAGCCAAAGGCAAUGCCGCUGCCGUAGUGAUUACGCCUGAGCGUCUGAGCUUUGCCGAGAGGACAAAGUUGGGAGUCGAGCUGGCUGAUCCCGCUACAGCCACUGCAUUCAUCUCCCACCCUACCCUCCUCCAACAGCUCGAUGGCGCCGACUUCACUUCACCCCGCCCGACGAUCUCAUGGACGCGCUACAAUGGCCAGUCCCUUCCCCUCUGUGGGCAUGGAACCGCUGCUGGUGUCCAGUACCUUCUCCAGAAUGUCCUCAAGACCACUUCCAACGUAACCUUUGACUACUACUUUGGUGACACGGCCGAGACGGAGACGGUGCGGGGAACCAUUUUGACACUUACAGAAGGCGUCAAGUUUGGCGUCGACCUGCCGGCUGCCCACCCUGGACGCGACCUGACGCCCGAGGAGCAGACCGAGGUCGAGUCUGUGUUCUGCUCGGCCACUGGGUUGUCUCCAAAGGACAUUGUCGCAACGGUGGCUUCCAUCUCUGGAUACAAUGGUCCUGGGCUUACUACCAACGUGACGAUCCAGAUUAAGCCGUCGGUGGAUCUUGGCGCACUCAAGCUUGACUAUGACAAGCUGUCUACCCUACGCUUCCGUGGCAUCUUCGUCACCUCAGAGUGGCCGGAACACCGCGCUGACUCGGCAUUCCGCUCCCGCAUCUUCUUCCCCAAGACGGGCCUGUUGGAGGACAACGCAUGCGGGUCCGCGCACACCUUCCUCGUACCUUGGUGGAUAUCAACAUACCCCGCCAAGUUUGAGAGUUACGCUGAGAAGACUGAGGAUGGAGGCCCGCGCUACCGUGUUCCAGCGGACCAGCCGAGUCCCCUUGGGGCGAAGAUGGAGAUUGUGUGGGACGGUAAAUGGCGCGAUGAAGGCGGUCGGUGCAUCCUCAUGGGCGAAGGGAUUGUGCUGAAGGAGUUCUGA